UCCUUUAAUCCGAUUCACUUCGUGGCGUGAGUUUUGAACAGUUUCUUCCCGCCAUUUGACUUUGAAAAAGCCAGAUUUGACGGGGAAAAGGCUGAAUUGGUUUUCAUUUACACUUUCGACAUCGCUCUACGGUACUAUUGUGCACUUGCAAUCAAUAUUUAUUGGAAUAAAGAAAGAAUUCACAGUCUGCAACAACAAAAAACGAGCGUAUCUCAAACAAAACAGAAAAAUACGGCAGCGACGCCAUCGUCUAGUUAUUAACAAAAAAGAUUGCAAUUACCAACAAAAACAACGCCGAUAAGCGAGAACUUAAGUCCUGGACCACCGGCGAGUGUGAGAAAGAGCGAUAGCGAGAGCGCGAAAGUGUAUGAGGAUAGCGCCGUGAGAGCGUGUGCGCAAGGAAUCCAAGGAGUCCGCCCAAAAAGGAUAUAAAGCGAGAGAAAGGACGACUAGACCAUUAAUUCAUUUCGUUUGGAAACCAAACGCAAUCAACAACCCAACUACUACAAAACACGGUCGCUGUUAACCAAAACAAUGGACUUUAUGAUGGCAAACACCGGAGCCGGCGGCGGAGUGGACACACAGGCGCAGCUGAUGCAGAGCGCAGCGGCUGCCGCGGCAGUGGCGGCAACCAAUGCGGCCGCCGCCCCCGUACAGAAUGCGGCCGCCGUGGCCGCGGCUGCCCAGUUGCAGCAGCAGCAGCAACAAGUUCAGCAGGCAAUUCUGCAGGUGCAGCAACAGCAGACACAGCAGGCGGUGGCCGCUGCGGCGGCGGCCGUUACCCAGCAGCUCCAGCAGCAGCAGCAGGCGGUGGCCGCCCAGCAGCAGCAACAGCAGCAGGCGCAACAACAGCAACAGCAGCAGCAGGCAGCAGCGGCGGUGCAGGCGGCCGCAGUCCAGCAGGCCGUGGUGCCUCAGCCGCAACAGGCACAGCCCAAUACUAACGGCAAUGCCGGAGUCGGCGGCGCCCAGAACGGUAGCAACGGAAGCACGGAGACCCGCACGAACUUGAUCGUGAAUUACUUGCCGCAAACGAUGACCGAGGACGAGAUCCGGUCGCUCUUCUCCAGCGUAGGCGAGAUAGAGUCCGUGAAGCUGAUACGCGAUAAGUCGCAGGUCUACAUCGAUCCGCUCAAUCCUCAGGCGCCCAGCAAAGGCCAGAGCCUGGGAUAUGGCUUCGUCAACUAUGUCCGGCCGCAGGAUGCCGAGCAGGCGGUGAAUGUGCUGAACGGCCUACGUCUGCAGAACAAGACCAUCAAGGUGUCGUUCGCCCGUCCCUCGUCGGAUGCCAUCAAGGGCGCCAAUCUGUACGUCUCUGGGCUGCCAAAAACUAUGACCCAGCAGGAACUAGAGGCCAUCUUCGCUCCCUUUGGUGCGAUCAUCACAUCGCGAAUACUCCAAAAUGCCGGCAACGAUACGCAGACGAAGGGCGUCGGCUUCAUACGGUUCGACAAGCGGGAGGAGGCCACACGGGCGAUCAUUGCCCUUAACGGCACCACGCCCUCGAGCUGCACGGAUCCCAUUGUUGUGAAGUUCUCCAAUACGCCGGGCAGUACCAGCAAGAUGAUCCAGCCGCAGCUGCCCGCUUUUCUCAACCCGCAGCUGGUGCGACGCAUCGGCGGCGCUAUGCACACCCCCGUCAACAAGGGCCUGGCACGAUUCUCGCCCAUGGCCGGAGACAUGUUGGACGUGAUGCUGCCGAACGGACUGGGUGCGGCGGCGGCGGCUGCUACGACGCUGGCCAGCGGCCCAGGCGGUGCUUAUCCGAUAUUCAUAUACAACCUGGCACCCGAAACGGAGGAGGCAGCGCUGUGGCAACUAUUCGGUCCCUUCGGGGCUGUGCAAUCAGUGAAGAUCGUCAAGGAUCCCACAACGAACCAGUGCAAGGGCUAUGGCUUCGUCUCGAUGACCAACUACGACGAGGCAGCCAUGGCCAUACGGGCCCUAAACGGCUACACCAUGGGCAACCGGGUGCUACAGGUCAGCUUCAAGACCAACAAGGCCAAGUAGGGCGGCGACGCAGGAUCGGGAAUGGGAACGAGAAAUUUUGUCCCCUCAAAUCGUUUCGGAACACAACACACGACACACACGCAGCACUCGAAACAUACACAGCAGCACACAACACAACACACAUAUAUAAAUAUGCAUGGUAUAACGGUAACUAAGCGCAACAACAAAAACAAACAGUAUGUGUAAAACACACACGAGACAAGAAACAAUUGACAGGAGAGAAAGUAAGGGCCAGCAAAAAAAAACGAGGGCAGGACAAACUGAAGGCAGGCAGUAGGAGGAGGAGCAACUCUCUUACACGUGUCGAGACACAACGAAACGGCGGUACAGCAACCAAGUCCCUACCCAAUCUCCCCAAGAUAUCCAGCCCUGAGGACUCUGAGAACCCUGAGAAAGCGCCGGCCAAACGCGUUGCAAUAGCAAAAUUCUUCUUGUUUAGCAUUUAAGUAACGAAAAUCAUAUACUAAAACGAACAAAAAAUUAAGAAACCAAAAAUUAGAAAGGAAGCAAGCUGCUUUGAGAGAGAGAAAGAGGGUGAGUGGGUGGAGAGCAGUCAGAGCAGUUAGGAAGGGUGAGGCGAAGGAUAAUGAAUGAAUGAAUAAUGAGAUUAUAAGGAACAAUUGCAAUAUAUAUAAAAAAAAAGAGAACUCGAACUCAGGCAGCUCUGGGUCUUGGCAGCCGCCGUCAAAAUGAGUCACAAAAGCGAAACAAAGAAAUCAACACACAAAACUACUAAGAAAAUUUAACUUAACUUAGCGAAAAAAGCAUCAGCAAACAAAACAAAAGGAAAAUGAGAAAUUUUAAAAAUUUAAACUUACACUUAAGGUAAAACGCAGCAAUGAAAUCUUCCAAACAAAGCAAAACAAAAACAAAAAAAAAAGAACUCUGUUAGUU